AACAUGGUUGCCGAGCCCAAACCCCAUCAAAUUGGCCGUAAAAGGCAGAAUGUGAACAAAACCGGAAAUGAUUGGGACUAUUUUUACGAUAGUUAUUGCUCAUCUGCGACGACAUCCAAUAAUGGGAUGCGACCGAAGAAGCGUAAACGUUUAAUGAGCAAUUCAAGUCGAAUGGUCUCUUUGAGUGAUGCGGUCAAUAGUGGUAAUCUUAAUGCUGCUGUCGCGGCGGCUGCUGUAGCUCAACAGCAACAACAGCAAUUACAUCAACAGCAGCAACAGCAUCAACAGCAGACACAACAGCAACAACAAGUAGCUGCAGUAGCAAUGGCUGCGAUGGCCAAUUUAUUGCCUCAACAACAAUUAUUAUUACAUCAACAGAGUCUACUUUCGAAUGCUAACGGAGCAAUUACAAGUGCUGCGGCUGCCGCCUGUAACGGAGCAACCACUACACCUCAUCAUACAAAUCUCGGUAUAUAUUUGCAACAACAACAACAGCAACAACAUUUAAAACAGCAACAGGCUGCCGCUGCAGCAGUGGCUGUUGCCGCUCAGUAUGCGGCAGCGACUAAUGGCACCUUACAGCUAAAUAUGUCUUCACCUCUAAUUAACGGCAGCCUUACUAAUCAACCGUCAUCGAAUUCAUCGUCACUCGUAUCAACACAUAACGGCGGGAAUAGCAUUGGAGAUCAGCAAGCGAUUCUAGCAAAUCAACCACAUUUGCUGCAGCAUCAGCAACCACAGCCAACAAAUAUUAUGCAGCCUUUGGCGUUAUCAUUAUCACCGCAACAUCAGACUCAACAACAGCAACAGCAGCAACAACAACAACAACAACAACAACAACAAAAGCAGCAUACAAAACAACAGCAAGUGCAUCUUUUACAAUCACAAAAUCACCAUCAGUCGUCUCUGGCAUCGCUAUCAUCAUCGUCUUCUCAAUUGCAUACACAAGCCAUACUACAACAACACCAACAUGAACAACUAACGAUAAAUCAACAAUGGGGUCCCUUUAAGGUUUACAGCAAUCCGGACACAUUAAUUUGCGGCAAUUGUCGAGAAUGUUUCAACGAACUGGCUGAAUUAUUAGACCACAAGAGAAGUUAUUGCAAACUAAGGUUCACAUGUAAAUGCCAGGAGCUAACAAUAAAUGCAAAAAAUCCACCUUCGGGGGCGAAACUGUUGUGUGCGAUGUGCAAAGAUGCUUUCGUUAAUCCUUGGGAUCUAAUGGUGCAUGCUCAAGCAGCACACAUGGUCAAUAUAUACGAAUUGAGCAAUGAGCCCAGUAACAACAAUGAGCUUAGUGGUGACAGCAACAGAAGCAACAAUAACAAUAAUGUCGACAUUGACGCUAACUCAACGACUAAUAAAAGGAACAAAGCCAAUGAUCUCACUUGCAAUAAUAAUAACAACAACAACAACAAUAAUAAUAAUAAUAAUAAUAAUAAUAAUAAUAAUAGUAUUAACAAUAAUAACAACAGCAGCAACAGUAACAGCAACAACAAUCACAACGACAAUGAUAGUAACAAUAAUAACAAUACAAAAAACCACAACAAUGGCAUACAAUCGUCACUUGAAAAACCAGCACCAGCACCUUCUGCUGCUAAUCCUGAAGCUAUCGUCAUCAGUAAUGGCACCGCCCUUCAUAUAAGGAAUAGAACAGAAUCGCCAUCUGCUAAACAAAUAACAGCAGCAACGACAACCCAGCCGUCUAUAUUGGAUAACAUGAAUGGAACGGAUGUUAACAUCAUGCUGAACAACGACAACGGCAACAGUUGUUAUAAUAGCUUAGUCGGUGAUGGGAGCAUUAGUGAUUCGGAGGCCAAUUUAAGUGUGGAGCUUAAAUUUGGUAUUUGCAACAGCCCAAACGGUACAAUCAAUGUUAAAGAGGAUACGCAUCGUGAUGACGGCUCGUUAGACGGUGGCAUGUCAAAUUCAUCACAAACUCACCACUCGGAUGAUGUUAAAUUGUUAAAUAACAAUGGUUCGAUGUCAUCGCGUGGCAGUUCACCAGCUUUGGAUACCGAUGAGACACUCGCACAACCGCAAAAGGCCUGCAUUGUCCGAACAUUAAGUAUUGAGACCACCACUGCAGGCAGUUCUUCCGUUCCUCCAGCCGCGAUCGGGUUAAUGCCAAAGAGUUUGGCUUUAAGCCUGACUAACGGUACCACGGCAAAAGCUGCAGCUGCCCCACAAUAGACCAGAGAAACAACAACUAACCGACAGACAAACCGAACGUUUUAUCCACAGACCCACACAUCCCACCUUCAUAUUGUGCUGAUAUGGCAGUAGCAGAGCGAAGAGUACUGAAACCACAAUAACAGCUACCAUAAACAUACAAACAAAUUGCACGUAUAACAGCGAAUACAGCAACAAAAGCAGCAACAACAACAAUAAUAACAACAACAACAACAACAAUAAUAAUAAUAAUAAUAAAACGUUUGUUGUUCGCACUUUUUACAACUACCGACAUUCAGCGGACAAUUGCUAUAUAUACUCGCAUGGUCAGACAAACUUCAGAUUAUAAAUAAUUUAAGCCUUCAGUUGCAGUUUUUCUUUAACAACAACAACAACAACAACAACCACAAUAAUAAUAAUAAUAAUAACAACAAUAACAAAUUAACAAUCUAUCUGCUGCAUUUCACAUUUGGAAAAUAAAAUCGAAAACAAAAAUUCCCCGAAAAAAAGAAAGAAAAAUGACUUCGUUUGUGUUUGGCUUAA